CAGUUUAUUGAAUUAAUAAUGGCUGGUAAUUUGAAAAAGACGACUUUUUUAAAAGGACUAGAAGUUGCGAAACAACCUCACCAUUCUUUGACAAAUAUUUACACAAGAAUCCUGCGAGUGCUUGCUAAAUUUCCCACUACAUCAGCAUACCGUACAAGUACCGAGCAAAUUGUCAAAGAACGUGCUGAAAUGGUUAAAAACACCCCAGACGUAGAGACCCUGGAGAAGAAAAUAGGCUGUGGUCAAGUAGAAGAAUUAAUAGUACAAGCUGAAAAUGAAUUGCUGUUGGCUCGUAAAAUGGCCGUAUGGAAGCCCUGGGAGUCUUUGGCUGAACCAAUACCUAAGGAUCAGUGGACUUGGCCACCUCACAAGUAA